ACGAAGAUGGCGGCGGUGACGGCGCGGCCCGUGCACACCGGGACGAUUAGCCCGUGAGCGCGCACUGGUUCCACGGGAGGGGGAGGAUCGCCGGCCGGGCCCUGCGCCCCGGGCCGCAAAGCCUGCCUCCUCCUCUAGCUGAACCGCUCUCUCCUUCCCACCCGACCCUCCCCGACUCUUUCCCCGCCCACUCCGCAGAAGCCAUGGAGGACGAGGAGAGGCAGAAGAAGCUGGAGGCCGGCAAGGCGAAGCUUGCCCAGUUUCGACAAAGAAAAGCUCAAUCUGAUGGGCAGAAUCUUCCUAAGAAGCAGAAAAAAAAGAGAAAAGUCUCAAGUUGUAAGCAUGAUGUGCAUGGUUUGAGUAUUGAUCAACAGAGUGAUCAGAUAUAUAUAAAUAGUUCUCAGGAGGUAGAAUCAACUAUGACUCCUGAUUCCACCAUAAUGAGAACUUUGCACAGUGGAGGAAUUGUCAAGCAUGACCAGCUCUACUCUGCUGAGCCAGAAAGUGAAAUUUCAACCACAGCAGAUGAUUAUAGUUCAGAGGUAAAUGGUUGCAGUUUUGUGAUGAAAACAGGAAACCCCACAAAUUUAUUAAGGGAAGAAGAAUUUGGUGUUGAUUCUUACUCUGAACAAGGAGCACAGUACGGUCAUACUCAAGUAGAGAUGAUGGAAAAUGAAUUGGCUGGGAAACGGCAUGAGAUUGAAGAGUUAAACAGAGAACUGGAAGAAAUGAGGACCACCUAUGGGACUGAAGGACUGCAACAGUUGCAAGAGUUUGAAGCUGCCAUUAAGCAAAGAGAUGGUAUCAUAACCCAGCUCACCACUAAUUUACAGCAAGCAAGAAGAGAAAAGGAUGAGACAAUGAGAGAAUUUUUAGAGUUGACAGAACAAAGUCAAAAAUUACAGAUUCAGUUCCAGCAUUUACAGGCUAGUGAAACUCUGAGGAACAGCACCCAUAGUAACACUGCUGCAGAUUUACUACAAGCCAAACAGCAGAUCCUUACUCAUCAACAACAGCUGGAAGAACAAGACCAUCUAUUAGAAGAUUAUCAAAAGAAGAAGGAAGACUUUAAAAUGCAGAUUAAUUUCUUGCAAGAGAAAAUUAAAGUAUAUGAAAUGGAACAAGAUAAAAAAAUAGAAAACACAAAUAAAAAAGAAAUACAGGAAAAAGAUGCAAUCAUUGAAGCAUUAAAUACAAAAAUAGUAGAAGAAGAAGGAAAAAAUAUUGAACUCAAAGAUAAAGUUACAGCUACUGAUAAGUUACUGGGAGAAUUACAGGAACAAGUUGUACAGAAGAACCAAGAGAUAAAAAAUAUGAAGCUAGAGCUGACUAAUUCUAAGCAAAAAGAAAGACAAUGCUCUGAGGAAAUAAAACAGUUAAUGGGGACAGUUGAAGAACUUCAGAAAAGAAAUCAUAAAGAUAGCCAGUUUGAAAUUGAUACAGUACAAAGAAUGAAACAAGAAACACAGAGAAAGUUAGAACAGCUCCGAGCAGAGUUGGAUGAGAUGUAUGGGCAGCAGAUAGUACAGAUGAAACAAGAAUUAAUAAAACAACAUAUAUCACAGUUAGAGGAACUUAAAAUACAGCAUAAGGGAGAAAUGGAGAAUGCUUUAAAAGCACAUUCAAAUAUUACAGUUAAUGAAGAUCAAGUAAAUUUAAUGAAUGUGGCAAUAAAUGAACUAAAUAUAAAGCUACAUGAUACUAACUUUCAAAAGGAAAAACUCAAGGAAGAACUAGGGGUAGUUUCAGGAGAAAAGUCUACUCUACAGAGACAGCUUGAAGAUCUUCUUGAAGAAUUGAGCUUUUUAAGAGACCAAAUUCAGAGAGCUAGGCAGACAAUAGCUGAACAGGAAAGCAAGUUGAAUGAAGCAUAUAAAUCUCUUAGUACAGUGGAAGAUUUGAAGGCUGAAAUUGUUUCUGCAUCAGAAUCCAGAAAGGAACUUGAGGUAAAACAUGAAGCAGAAGUUACAAAUUACAAGAUAAAACUUGAAAUGUUAGAAAAAGAAAAGAAUGCUGUGUUAGACAGAAUGGCUGAAUCACAAGAAGCUGAAUUAGAGAGACUGAGAACACAGCUCCUAUUUAGUCAUGAAGAAGAACUUUCCAAAUUAAGGGAAGAUUUAGAAAUUGAACAUCGAAUAAGUAUUGAAAAACUUAAAGAUAAUUUAGGUAUUCACUAUAAGCAGCAGAUAGAUGGCUUACAGAAUGAAAUGAGACAAAAGAUAGAAACUAUGCAGUCUGAAAAAGACAAUUUGAUAACUAAACAGAAUCAAUUAAUUUUGGAAAUUUCAAAACUAAAAGAUUCACAGAAGUCCCUUGUGAAUUCAAAAUCAGAAGAAAUGGUCCUUCAAAUCAACGAACUUCAAAAAGAAAUAGAAAUACUCAGGCAAGAAGAAAAGGAAAAGGGUACUCUUGAACAAGAAGUUCAAGAAUUACAACUUAAAACUGAAUUCUUGGAGAAACAAAUGAAGAAAAAAGAGGAUGAUCUUCAAGAAAAAUUCACACAACUUGAAGCAGAGAAUAGCAUUCUUAAAGAUGAAAAGAAGGCCCUUGAGGACAUGUUAAAAACUUAUACUCCUGUUAACCAAGAAGAAAAAUUAGUUUUCAUAGAUUCCAGUAUGUCUAAAUCCAAAGACUAUAGCUGGCAGAAAGAAAUACAGAUACUUUCAGAGGAAAAUAAGGACCUCAAACAACAAUGUAUUCAUCUAAAUGAAGAAAUAGAAAAGCAAAGAAAUACAUUUUCUUUUGCUGAAAAAAACUUUGAAGUUAACUAUCAAGAGUUACAGGAAGAAUAUGCUUGCCUUCUUAAGUUAAAAGAUGAUUUGGAAGACAGUAAAAGUAAGCUAGAGUUGGAGUAUAAAAGUAAGCUUAAAGCACUUAAUGAAGAGCUUCAUUUACAAAGAAUAAAUCCAACUGUGAUGAAAAUGAAAAGCUCCAUGAGCUUUAGUGAUGACAAAACUUUUAUUUCUGAGCCAUUGGAAAUUGGUGAGGUUGUUGAGAAAGAUACAACAGAGCUUAUGGAAAAACUUGAAGUGACCAAGCGAGAAAAAUUACAGCUGUCAGAAAAACUGUCUGAUAUUUCUGAACAACUGAAACAGAAACAUGUUGAAGUUAAAUUUCUAAGUGAAGAAGUUAAGUCUUUAAAGCAAGAGAAGGAUCAAGUUUUAUUGAGAUGUAGAGAGCUAGAAAGCAUAAUUAACCACAACAGGGUAGAAAAUAUAAACAUGUGUGAUGUUCAGUUAAGUGUUUUAAAAGAUGGAGAUGUGACAAUGACAAGUGGGGAUUCUGGAAGAUUGAUUUCUAAACUAAGCAAAGGUUUUGGUGCAGAAUCAAAAAUAAUUGAAGAUAAAACGCCUUCUGAAAAUACUGCUGUUAGAAAAGGAGGCAAGCAAGAACCAUUAUUUUCCCCAUUAUUAAUAAAUGAAUUGUUGCCUGGAUCAACUGAACCAUUGGAAAACGAUAAACUUCAGCAGGAACUUCAUUUACUUCAAUCAGAACAGAAUGAUUUAAGGCUACAAAUGGAAGCUCAACGCAUAUGCCUCUCUCUGGUUUAUUCAACUCAUGUGGAUCAGGUUCGUGAAUAUUUGGAAAAUGAAAAAGAUAAAGCUCUUCACAGUCUUAAAGAGGAGCUUAUUUCUGCUCAAGAGGAAAGGAUCAAGGAAAUUCAGAAAAUACACCAGUUAGAGCUGCAGAAUGUAAAAGCACAAGAAACAGGUGAUGGAGCAAAGCCUUUGCAGAAGCUCAUUGGAAGACUUCAAAAGGCAGUGUCUGAAGAAUGUUCCUCUACUUCAAAGACUUUGAGCCAUGUCCUUGGUGAAUAUUAUACUCCCGCUUUAAAAUGUGAAGUGGAUGUAACACAGAGAGAGAAUUCUGGUGUUGAUGUUUCUCUAAAUCAAGGUCCAGUAUUACAAGAUUAUAGAUACGAACUUCAAGACUUUCAAGAAAACAUGUACAUCCUUCUCAACAAAGUAACAGAAGAAUACAACAAACUCCUGGUACUCCAAACUCAAUUAAGCAAGAUUCAAGGUCAACAAAUAGAUGGUAUGGAACUUGGACUUACAGAAGAAAACCUUACAGAACAAGAAACAGAGAUUUCAUCAACCCAUUUACAGAUGACCAAUUCACAAAACAUUGGUGUCGAUCACAAAUACAAAUUAUAUUCUCUGCAAGAUGUCAAAAAAAUCCAACAACUUGAAGAACAAAUUCAAGAAUUAGAAAAACUCAUAUCCUCUUUGCAGCAACAGUUGAAAGAAACUGAAGAAAGCUAUGGAGCAAAGAUCUAUUGUUUGCAAGAGAAGCUUCAAGCUGUUAGUGAAUCUGCAGUUCAGACAAGCUUCUCUGUUGAUUCAGUGAUAAUGAAAGAAUCUGAGGUACAAAAAGCAGUGUACCCUGGAAACUGUCUUACAGAGAAUAUUGGUGGUACAGUAAAGUCUUCUGGUGAAUUUGGAGUAAAACAAGAAACAAAUAUGGUUAAGUUGCUGGAAAAACAGUAUCAAGAACAAUUAGAAGAAGAAGUAGCUAAGGUCAUUGUGUCAAUGAGUGUGGCCUUUGCUAAACAGACUGAAUUGUCUAGAAUAUCUGGAGGGAAAGAAAAUGUUGCAUCAUCAAAACAAGCAUAUGCUCUGGAUCAACAGGAAGAAUAUUAUUUUAAUGAAAUGGAAUUUUCAGAAGGCCAAGUUGCUCUUCAAACUUGUGAAGCAAAAGACAAAAAAUUUAAAGAAGAAUUUAAACCACUUAGUAAAGAGUUAGGAGAAGAUGGAAAAGAAGUUCUUUUGUCAAAUAAUAAUGAUCUUGAUGAUAUACUAGAAUCAAAGGACCACGGACUGACUAUUUCACAAGAAGUAUUCUCCAAAGAUAAAGCCUUUGUAGGCAGAGAUUCUAUGCAUAAUGAGAUGUUGGCAUCAGGCAUAGAUGCUUCUAGACAGCUGAUGUUAAAUGAAGAACAGUUGGAAGACAUGAGGCAGGAACUUGUACGACAGUAUGAAGAGCAUCAACAAGCAACUGAACUGUUGAGGCAAGCACACAUGCGACAGAUGGAGAGACAGCGAGAAGACCAGGAACAACUGCAAGAAGAGAUUAAGAGACUUAAUAGACAAUUAGCUCAGAGAUCCUCAAUAGAUAAUGAAAACCUGAUUUCAGAGAGAGAGAGGGUGCUUUUAGAGGAGCUGGAAGCACUAAAGCAGCUGUCUUUAGCUGGAAGAGAGAAGCUGUGUUGUGAGCUGCGCAACAGCAGUACGCAAACACAGGAUCGAAAUGAAAACCAAGGGGAAGUUGAAGAAGAGACAGUUAAAGAAAAAGAAUUGGACAAAAAACCUGAAGAUGUACCUCUUGAUAUUCUUUCCAAUGAAAGGUAUGCACUCCAGAAAGCUAAUAACAGACUUCUAAAGAUCCUCUUAGAAGUUGUAAAGACAACAGCAGCUGUUGAAGAAACAAUUGGCCGCCAUGUCCUGGGGAUUCUAGAUAGAUCUAGUAAAGGCCAGUCAACUACUAACCUUAUCUGGAGGUCAGAAGCUGAGGCAUCUGUAAAGCCUUGUGUCCAAGAGGAACACCCAAGAGUUACAGAUGAAUCCAUGCCUUCUUAUUCUGAAAAUGACAUGCCAAGAAAUGACAGCAGCAUGUGGUCAAAAAUAACUGAGGAAGGAACAGAGUUGUCACAACGGCUUGUGAGGAGUGGUUUUACUGGAACUGAAAUAGACCCUGAAAAUGAAGAACUUAUGCUAAAUAUUAGCUCUCGACUGCAAGCAGCUGUUGAAAAACUCCUAGAAGCCAUUAGUGAAACCAGUAGUCAGCUUGAACAUGCAAAAGUUACACAAACAGAGUUGAUGCGUGAGUCAUUUAGACAGAAACAGGAAGCAACAGAAUCCCUUAAGUGCCAAGAAGAACUGCGAGAACGCCUUCAUGAGGAGUCCAGGGCUAGAGAACAGCUGGCUGUGGAGCUCAGUAGGGCUGAGGGUGUCAUUGAUGGCUAUGCAGAUGAAAAAACUCUUUUUGAAAGGCAAAUUCAGGAAAAAGCUGAUAUUAUAGAUCGCCUUGAGCAGGAAUUGCUAUGUGCAAGUAAUAGAUUGCAAGAAUUGGAAAUAGAUCAACAGCACAUUCAAGAAGAAAGAGAGUUACUGUCUAGACAGAAGGAGGCUAUGAAAGCAGAUGCAGGCCCAGUUGAACAGCAAUUACUACAGGAGACAGAAAAACUAAUGAAGGAGAAGCUAGAAGUACAAUGUCAAGCUGAAAAAGUAUGUGAUGACCUUCAAAAACAAGUGAAAGCUUUAGAAAUAGAUGUUGAGGAACAAGUCAGUAGGUUUAUAGAACUGGAGCAAGAAAAAAAUGCUGAACUAAUGGAUUUAAGACAACAAAGUCAAGCACUGGAGAAGCAGUUAGAAAAAAUGAGGAAAUUUUUAGAUGAGCAAGCCAUUGAUAGAGAACAUGAAAGAGAUGUAUUUCAACAGGAAAUACAGAAGCUAGAACAGCAACUUAAGGUUAUACCUCGAUUCCAACCUGUCAGUGAACAUCAAACUAGAGAGGUUGAGCAAUUAACAAAUCAUCUAAAAGAGAAAACAGACAAGUGCAGUGAGCUUUUGUUGUCAAAAGAACAGCUUCAGAGAGAUGUGCAAGAGCGGAAUGAAGAAAUUGAGAAAUUGGAAUGCAGAGUAAGAGAACUGGAGCAAGCAUUACUUAGCACAGAUACUUUUCAAAAGGUAGAAGAUGGCAAACAGUUUGGAGCUAUAGAAGCUAAAGCAGAAUUGUCUCUAGAAAUACAGUUGCAAGCUGAACGAGAUGCUAUAGACAGAAAGGAAAAAGAGAUCACAAACUUGGAAGAACAGUUAGAACAGUUCAGAGAAGAGCUAGAAAAUAAGAAUGAAGAAGUGCAACAACUUCAUAUGCAAUUAGAAAUACAGAAAAAGGAAUCUACCACUCGCCUACAAGAACUUGAACAAGAAAACAAAUUAUUUAAGACUGAAAUGGAGAAACUGGGAUUUGCCAUAAAUGAAUCUGAUACUAUUUCUACCCAGGAUCAACAUGUACUAUUUGGGAAAUUUGCUCAAAUAAUACAAGAAAAAGAGGUAGAAAUUGACCAAUUGAAUGAUCAGAUUACAAAACUUCAACAACAACUUAAAUUUAAAACAGAUAACAAGGUCAUUGAAGAAAAAAAUGAAGUAAUAAGGGAUCUAGAAACACAAAUAGAAUGUUUGGUAAGUGAUCAAGAAUGUGUGAAGAAAAACAAAGAAGAAGAAAUAGAGCAACUUAAUGAAGUGAUUGGAACACUUCAACAGGAAUUGACAAAUAUUUCACAGAAGCCAUCUGUGGAUACUAAUUCUUUUCCAGAAGAAUCUGAUAGUUUAAAACAUCAGUUGGAUAAGCUUAUAGCUGAAAAAAUGGCUUUAGAACAGCAAGUAGAAAUCACUAAUGAAGAAAUGGCCUUCACAAAAAAUGUUCUUAAGGAAACCAAUUUUAAAAUGAACCAGCUAACACAAGAAUUGUGCAAUUUAAAGAGAGAACAUGAGAAAAAUAAGGAGAAGAUCCAAAGUGAACCUGAGAAAAGUGUUAACAUUGCUAUGGAUGAUCUUAGUAAUGACAAACCUGAACUGGAAAGAGUCCUUACUGAGAAUGCUCUUAAACCCCUAGAAAGCACCAAGGUUUCCAGGAGAAAUUUAGAAACAAAGGUGCUACAACUUGAGAGCUCUGUUAGUACAAAGGACUUAGAACUUACCCAAUGUUAUAAACAAAUAAAAGACAUGCAAGAGCAUGACCAAUCUGAAACCAAAGCACUUCAAACAAAGAUUAUAAACCUACAGAAAAUACUUGAGGAAAAAGUAGCUGCUGCUCUUGUUAGUCAAAUCCAACUUGAGGCAAUUCAGGAAUAUGUGAAAUCCUAUCAAGAUAAAGAAACAGUUUCAUCAGAGUCUGAGAGGAUAAAUAUGCAGAAUUUAAGUCAACUAACAGAAAACAAGAUGGAAUAUGAUGUGUCUGCAUUAACCUUGAGAAUAUCAGAGUUAGAAAGCCAGGUAUUUGAAAUGCACACUAGCUUGAUCUCAGAAAAAGAACAAGUAGAAAUUGCAGAGAAAAAUGCUUUGGAUAAAGAAAAGAAACUGCUAGAACUACAGAAGAUAUUGGAAGACAGUAAGAAAAGGCAGGAAGGGAAAGAAGAGAAAGGAAACCCUCAAAAAGGUUUUGAAGUUCUCAAGACAACUACUGAGCUAAUUCAUACCAGUGGAGAAAGUAGAUUUUUUGGUGACCUUGAGGCUCAUAGAGCCCAGUCAGUGGCUAUCCAAGACCUUGUCCAUUAUAAAGAAAAGGCAGAAAAACUUCAAGAAGAGCUUUUGGUAAAAGAAAUUAAUAUCGCAUCUCUUCAGAAAGAUUUAAGCCAAGUAAGGGAUGAACUCACACAGGCAGAAGAGAAAUUAUCCCGCUUAGAAAAAGAAGAUGAGUCCAAGGUACAAGAAAAUAGAAAGAUCUGCAUAUUAGAGCCACUUCCCACUAUAAUGGGUAAAUGUUCUGCAUCCCAGACAGAGGGAAAUCUCAAGGUCAGCAGCAGCAAUCAGACACCACAAAUUCUUGUUAGAAAUGCAGGAAUUCAAAUUGAUUUACAAAACGAAUGUUCAUCAGAAGAAGUUACAGAAAUAAUCCAUCAGUUUACUGAGAAAAUUGAGCAGAUGCAAGAACUACAUGCUGCUGAAAUUUUGGAUAUGGAAUCCAGACAUAUUUCAGAAACAGAAACUUUGAAGAGGGAGCAUUAUGUUGCUGUUCAGUUACUGACAGAGGAAUGUGGCACCUUGAAAGCUGUGAUACAGUGUCUGAGAUCCAAAGAGGUAUCUUCAGUUCCUGAAUUAAUGUAUUCUAAAGCUUACCAAACUAGAGAAAUAUGUUCCAGUGAUUCUGGAUCAGACUGGGGUCAGGGAAUUUAUCUUGCACAGAGUCAAGGGUUUGAUGCAACAUCAGAAGGUCAAGGAGAAGAAGGUGAAAGUUCAACAGAUUCAUUUCCAAAGAAAAUAAAGGGAUUACUAAGAGCUGUCCACAAUGAGGGCAUGCAGGUGCUUUCUCUAACGGAGUCACCUUAUGGUGAUGGAGAGGACCAUUCUGUUCAGCAAGUGCCAGAAUCUUGGCUAGAAGAGAGAACAACUUACCUCAACACCAUCUCAUCUCUUAAGGAUUUAAUUACCAAAAUGCAAGUGCAAAGAGAAGCUGAGGUUUAUGAUAGUUCUCAGUCUCCAGAGAGCCUCUCAGAUUGGCGGGGUGAACUUCUACUUGCCCUUCAACAUAUUUUCUUAAAGGAACGCAGUUGUUUACUAGCCACAUUUCAAACUGAACUGACUGCUUUAGGUACUAGAGAUGUAGGUGGAUUAUUAAACUGUUUGGAACGCAGACUACAAGAACAGGGCAUUGAAUAUCAAGCAGCUAUUGAUUAUCUACAAAAAGCAGAUAGAAGGAGUUUGUUAUCUGAAAUUCAAGCACUGCGUGCUCAAAUUAAUGGUAGGAUGAUCCUGAAAAGAGACCAAGAGAGUGAUAAACCAAGCCAAGAGUUCCUGGAAUAUAACAUGCAGCAGAAGCAGUCUCAAAUGCUGGAGAUGCAAGUGGAGCUCAGUACUGCGAAGGACAGAGCAACUGAACUGCAGGAACAGCUAAGUUCAGAAAAAGUGGUGGUUGCAGAACUAAAAAGUGAACUUGCACAAACAAAAUUGGAGCUAGAAACAACACUCAAGGCACAGCAUAAACACCUAAAGGAAUUAGAAGCAUUCAGGCUGGAAGUUAAAGAUAAAACAGAUGAAGUACACUUGCUUAAUGAUACUGUGGCAAUUGAGCAAAAGAAAUCAAGAGAGCUCCAGUGGGCUUUAGAAAAAGAGAAAGCCAAGUUGGGGCAUAGUGAAGAGCGUGAUAAAGAAGAGCUUGAGGAUCUGAAAUUUUCACUUGAGGAUCAGAAAAAGAGAAAUAUUCAGUUAAAUAUUCUUUUAGAACAACAGAAACAACUCCUUAGUGAAUCACAGCAGAAAAUAGAAUCACAGAGAAUGCUAUAUGAUGCCCAAUUAUCAGAAGAGCAAGGUCGAAACUUAGAGCUUCAAGUACUUCUAGAGUCUGAGAAAGUUCGAGUUCGGGAAAUGAGUAGUGCCCUAGACAGGGAACGGGAGUUACAUGCACAGCUGCAAAGCAAUGGGGAUGGUGGGCAGCCUCGACCAUCUUUGCCCACAGAGGACUUACUUAAAGAAUUACAGAAACAGCUAGAAGAAAAACAAAAUCACAUCGUAGAAUUAUUAAAUGAGACUGAAAAAUAUAAACUAGAUUCCUUGCAAACAAGACAGCAAAUGGAAAAGGAUAGACAGGUUCAUAGGAAGACAUUGCAGACAGAACAAGAUGCCAACACUGAGGGACAGAAAAAAAUGCAUGAGCUACAAUCCAAAGUGGAAGAUCUCCAGCGCCAGCUGGAAGAGAAAAGACAGCAAGUUUAUAAGUUAGACCUUGAAGGAAAACGACUUCAAGGAAUCAUGCAGGAAUUCCAAAAGCAAGAACUAGAGCGAGAAGAAAAACGAGAAAGUAAUAGACGCAUUCUUUAUCAGAAUCUUAAUGAGCCAACCACUUGGAGCAUAAUUAAUGAUCGAACUAGAAAUUGGGUUCUUCAACAGAAAAUAGAAGGAGAGACAAAAGAAUCAAGCUAUCCAAAAUUGAUUGAAAUGAAUGGAGGAGAAAGUGGCUAUAAUCAUGAAUUAGAAAUGAUCAGACAGAAUCUUCAGCACGUGGAUUUGAAACUGCAGCAUCUAGCCCAGAAAGCCUCAAAUAGACUACAGUUUGAAGCAGCAGAUGAUGAAGCUUUCAUUUGGGUUCAAGAAAAUAUUGAUGGAAUUCUUUUACAACUACAGAAAUUAAUUGUCCAGUCAAGUGAAGAGCCUAGAUUCAUGGCCCCCAAUACUUCUUGUGGCUCACUGACUGAAAGACUACUGAGACAAAAUGCUGAGCUGACAGGACAUAUCAGCCACCUGACAGAAGAAAAGAAUGAUUUGAGGAACAUGAUUAUGAAGCUGGAGGAGCAGAUCAGGUGUUACCGACAGACAGGAGCUGGGAUAGAUUAUUCUUCCAGGUUUGCAUUUGGUGGUAGUGCCAACAUUGAAGCCAUUGUUGCUUCUGAAAAAGAAGUAUGGAACAGAGAAAAAUCAGUUCUCCAGAAAUCCUUGAAAAGGGCAGAAGCAGAAGUGUGCAAACUGAAAGCUGAACUACGAAAUGAUACGCUGUUGCAGAAUCUGAGCCCUGACUCUGAACAUGUUGCGCUAAAGAGAAUUUAUGGAAAGUACUUGAGAGCAGAAAGUUUCCGCAAAGCUCUCAUUUAUCAGAAGAAGUACUUGCUGCUGUUACUGGGUGGGUUCCAGGAAUGUGAGGAGGCCACCCUGGCACUGCUUGCCCGCAUGGGAGGACAGCCAACCUUCACCGACCUAGAGGUGAUCACCAACCGCCCAAAGGGCUUCACCAGGUUUCGUUCUGCUGCCAGAGUGUCCAUUGCAAUUUCCAGGAUGAAAUUUUUGGUUCAGCGGUGGCAUCGAGUCACGGGUUCGGGUUCCAUCAAUAUUAACAGAGAUGGUUUUGGACUGAAUCCAGGUAAUGAAAAGACUGACUCGUUUUAUCAUUCUGGUGGGCUGGAGCUCUAUGGAGAACCAAGACACACAACAUACCGGUCAAGAUCAGAUCUGGACUAUCCUAGGUCUCCUUUGCCAUUUCAAAAUAGGUAUCCAGGCACUCCAGCUGAUCUAAAUCCUGGUUCCCUAGCAUGUUCUCAGCUUCAGAAUUACGAUCCCGACAGAGCCCUGACAGAUUAUAUCACUCGACUAGAAGCGCUGCAAAGAAGACUUGGAACUGUACAGUCAGGUUCCACUACACAGUUUCACACUGGCAUGAGAAGAUAAUCGUUUGAAACUUUAAUGCUUGACAUGUUUUAAACAAAUUCCCUUUUGUAAAUCAAUGGCUCUUUUGUGCUUUUGUAUUGUGAAUAUUCAAUGGGACCAAUACAAACACAGCUUCUGAUUGUAGACAAAUCCCUUGCCCAGCCCAGGAAAACAAACUGGAGUUUGUACAUACAAGCAUUGUGUAUGUAGUCAUGCACAAUAAUCAUUGUUACAUGUAUAUGUGUGGAAUGCUAAUUUAAAUGAUUAAAUUAUAAACCUGUGUAUUUAUCAAAUGGGUGAACAGAUCAAACUUUUGCAAAUUACGAUACUGCUGAAUGUGUAGCUUGCGGUGUCCUGCACUUUUCUUACAAGGCUACUGAAGUUACAUGUUUCUGCCUAAUAGAUUUGCUACUGGUGAUGAAGACAGAACUUAUCACUUGUAGAGACUUAUUUUUGUAUAACGGUAGAAGUUUUGAAUUUUAUGGGGUAUUUUGUCAAGUACUGAAAUAAAAAUGACUUCACCAUUUUCACCACA